UUGAUUCGUGAUGAGGUUUAUGAGCUGCUCUAUUUGGGUGACUCAGAAUGGACCUAAUACUUCCAUUUAAAGUUGGAGGUGUUGUAGAGUUAAGAUCCUUCGAUGCUGGUUACAGGGGUGCAUGGUUCCGUUGCAAGAUCAGCGAUAUGUGUAUCAGGAAUGGUCACAUGGAGUAUCAGGUUGAGUAUAUGGACUAUCCAGAGGAAAAAAGGAGCUGGAGUAGACUCUACAAAGUUCCCCCAAAAUACCGUCGGAAAGCAGGUCGGAAAGCAGGACAGAAUAGGGAGCUCAUGCUACGACCUCCUUUUCCUCCAUGGUGUCGGGAUAAUGAUAUUCCUGAGCAUGGCCAGAAGAUGGAUGUUCUAGCAGUUGUAAGCAGCCCUUGGAAAGUUGGUGACUUGAUUGACUGGCGGCACACCAGUUGUUUCUGGACCGGGAAAAUUACCGAGUUACUGGGCGAUGACAAAGCUAUGAUAGUUUGUCCUGAAAUACCGCUAGGUGAAGGUGGAUGCUAUGAAGUCGAUCUUGAUGACCUGAGGCCAGCACUUGAUUGGUCCCUCGAAAAAGGGUGGAGCGCUCCUCUUUCAAAGGAAAAUGGUGAAUGCUGGUAUACUGCCCGUUUGGUCACAGAGAACCCAGAUACAGGAAGUAGCAGCUCAGAUGAGGACAUUGAGCAAUCUGAUGACGGUAUCAAGGAAGUACAAAAGUGCUGGAAUGGAUCAUUUGACACAGCGAAGCAGGAACAACACAAUUGCUUGAAUGGAUCAUGUGUUACCGCGGAGAAAGUGAAGGACCCAGAUGUAAAACAUCCAGCCAGUAGAAAUGGCAGGCACUGCAUGAAGAGUCAACCACAUAGCGAGGAGGAACCACAAAAUGCUGAGUAUCCAACAUCCCCAAUGGCCAAUUCAGGACAUUCUUGUGAGUUCCUUACCAGUGACCAAUCAGGUCUCACCAGUUUGAAAAAACUCAAGACCUCAACUGAGUGUGCAUCAGUUCAGCAGCCUCCUGGCACUGCUGGUGACGCGUUGAUGGAUCUGGAGAAACUAGUGCUCGACUCCCUGGUUAUGCUAGUUAGUUGGAAUCUCUGGAAGAAGUGA